AUGGAGCGGGUCAAGUACAAGAGAGCGGCCAGAAGGGCUCAAGCAACGAAGCUCUGCAACGAGGUUGCUGAACUCAGAGCGGACUUAACAGUGACGGACGUAACGCUGAAAGCACUCUUGGGCAACCUUCAGACUGCCGACGUAGCCCUUCGAGCGGUGAACGACGAAAUCGAGCCUCUGUUUGGAGUAGAGGAGCUUCAAGAGGAGUAUCAGGGCGCAAUCAGCUACGAAGAGAAGACCGUAAAAGCCAUAGUGGAGAUCCAGUCACGUUUGGAUGAGUUGAGACUGGACCCUGUGCAGACACAGAGCGGAGUCAACCCUGGGCAGUCGCAGAGCGGAGUCAAACUCCCGAAGUUGAAGCUCCAAACUUUCUCAGGCGAGUUGACAAACUGGAUAUCUUUUUGGGAGCAGUAUCGUAGGGCAGUUGAUGAGAACGCAAGGUUGGCGAAGAGUGAGAAAUUUCAAUACUUGAGGACCUUGUUGAAAGGAGAUGCAGCAUCAGCUAUUCGAGGUCUACAGGCAACAGCGGCAUGCUAUGACGAUGCUAUAGACAUACUUAAGCAGCGUUUCGGGAAUACAACCCGGAUAGAACGUGAGCACCUGUCAAGGUUACGAAAACUCCCACCAGUGAAGUAG